AUGGCUGAUCCCCGCACUAGCUUCUCUAGAUAUCUCACCGAAAAGAACGAAUCCGAGCUACACGUCUUGCUUAAACAGGGGGUUUUCAAGCCAUUGUUUCUUUACCAUGUGGUUUCCUUCAAUUUCCUACCAUGGGUCGCCUUGCUUAUUCCCAAACGCCAAGGUGGCCAAUAUUUCAGGCGGUUGGUUCUUGCACUGAAUUUAGCAUAUGGGAUUGAGGCACUCCGUACCAAUAGAGCUCUGCUUGGCGGAAAUGGCUAUAUGAUUGGCAUGCUUGUUGCUUGGUGGCUGAUAUGGAGUGCUACCUUGUUCGUGUUCUCUGAUGUGGAGCGUGACUUUCAGCGCAUUGAACGAACUACAACCGAUAUAGAUGGCCCCGGCCUUAAACCAGGGAGAGAAAUCUCGUCACGAGCGAAUACCAUGCAUUCUGAUGUAGAUAAUCAUGCCCAGUUUUACUGGCAAGCUUAUCCAUCUAAAUUUACACAUCGGAUUGAGUGGUGCGCUGGGCUUUUAUUCAACCUCCGCGGUCCAGAAUGGAACUGGCGUGCUCCGCGUCUAGGCCCAAUUCCUAAGACAGUCAAUGAACAGCUGAAAUCUGGUUUUCUCUCAAAACACCAUCGUAUAGAGAAUGACGCAUCUUGUCUCACUGCCAAAGUUCGUCUUCGGAGAGCAUUCCGAACAUGUCUCACAUCAUAUCUUAUCCUCGACGCUCUCAAAGUUAUCAUGAUGAGGGAUCCCUACUUUCGAGGUACAGUCGAGGUAGAUGUAGUACCGCCACUACCUUUCUCUUUCCUCGCAUCCAUUCCCUUGGGGGUUCGCUUCUAUCACUGCUUUUUCAGUUGCAUGGGUGUAUAUAUUGCGCUCAACUUCGUUACCUCGUUCAAUCCCAUAUGCUUCCUUGGGCUGUCGUUAGCAUUCCCAAAUGCAUCCCGUAAGUUAACUGGCGCGCCUUUAGAUUCAGCAUGGCUAUAUGCCGAUAGCUUCGGUCCUUUUUUCUCGCCAACGCUUGAUCAUGGACUGGCAGGUGCUUGGGGCCAAUGGUGGCAUCAACUCUUUCGAUACGGGUUCACAGCGACGGCACGAUGGGUUUUAUCUUUACUUCCAACUUCCUGGGGAACAAAAUCCGAUGUCAAAAGAGUCACUUAUAUUGUUAUCGGAUUCGCACUUAGUGGCUUUGUGCAUGCCUGUGGAAGUUAUACACAGUUCAAGGGGACACGGCCUCUCACCGGGCCGUUUUCGUUUUUCUUUCUACAGAGUCUUGCCAUCAUUGUUGAAUAUACCUUCAAAGCAGUGAUUGUCCCAAAGACUCCCAUGAGCAGUACGCCGCGGUGGCUUCGACGGACAACAAAUGCUACAAUUGUAUUCUUCUGGUUGUUACUUUCGGGAGGUUUAAUCGCAGAUGACUUUGCUCGGGGCGGUCUCUGGUUGAUGGAACCUGUGCCAUUUAGUCCCCUCCGUGGCUUUGGGUUGGCGAAUGGCCAAGGAUGGUGGUGCUGGCAGGGAACUUGGUUUGCGUAUUGGAGUGAUGGAACAUACUGGGGCAGUGGUGUACGGGUUAUUUGA